AUGAAAAAUACAAUUGUAAAUAGGAUACUCGCUUAAAGCCAGAUUAGACCAAAUGAAUAUAUGGCUUUGUAGUAGUAUCUCUAGAUGAUCAAUAGUUAAUCAAGGUUUUCAAUAUCUUCAUAAUCGCAAAAUAACUCUACUCUAAACGAAACAUUUAAUCAAAAUCAAACAAACAACAAUAAUAACUAAAGAAACAGUAUCAGAAGUGAAGUUGCUUCUGAUUUAAUUAAAUAGAAAGAUUUUGUUGUAUUUGGUGAUGAUUCUGAAUCAGUCGAAAAAUAAGAAUUUACAUGCUCUAUAUGUUAAUUAUAAAUUUAGCUUUAAGAGAAAGUUAUUCACUUAUAAUGCAAGCAUUUAUAUCACUCAGACUGUUUACAAGUAUGGCUCGUUAAUCAUCACACAUGUCCUCUAUGCAGAUAAGUAGUUUGGUGA